UGACUGAAGGCGCAUGCGUGCAGCGUUGCCUCCCCAGUAAAAGACUACAAACUCCAGAAGCACUUGCGGCAUCUCGCGCAAAAGCCCGUAGUUGAAAGUGGCGAGGGGUCCAAGCCGGAGGAAGUAAGAUUCCCCUGGGGCGUGGCCGCUUGUGAUCCUUGCACCUGUCACUUUGGGUCACAGCUCGGGUCUUGUCCCGCAGACCCUCAGAAGACCCGGCCGCUGAGCAACUAUGAACUUGGAGCGAGUGUCCAACGAGGAGAAGUUGAACCUGUGCCGGAAGUACUACCUGGGUGGGUUUGCUUUCCUACCUUUUCUUUGGUUGGUCAACAUCUUCUGGUUCUUCCGAGAGGCCUUCCUUGUCCCGGCAUACACAGAACAGAGCCAAAUCAAAGGCUAUGUCUGGCGCUCAGCUGUGGGCUUCCUCUUUUGGGUGAUUAUACUCACUACCUGGAUCACUAUCUUCCAGAUCUACCGGCCACGUUGGGGUGCCCUUGGGGAUUACCUCUCCUUCACCAUACCCCUGGGUACCCCCUGACAACUUCUUGUGCACAAGCCUGAGGACCAGGAUGGGCUCCUCUACUCCAAGCCCCUCUCAAGUCCCUAAGACUUUUUCCUAUCUCCUGUGUUCUCUGCUGACAUCCCCCAAUAAAGGACCCUAAUUCUCAAUAUUAA